CUGCGGGUCCUUAUCACUGAGGUCAGUCGUGUCUCCACAUCGUCCUAUACCGGCCGGCAUUCUUACGCUUAACGCAAACAUUUAUCCUAUACAGAGACUCUAACAACAACAUUACUUAUUUCGAAGCUAUGGCAGUCCCUCCAGCAUAUGCAGAUCUUGGGAAGUCCGCCAAGGAUAUCUUCAGCAAGGGAUAUGGAUUUGGACUGGUGAAGCUUGACGUGAAGACAAAGUCAUCAAGUGGAGUGGAGUUUAAAACCUCGGGCUCGUCCAACGUGGACACCAGCAAGGUGAUCGGAACCCUGGAGACCAAGUACAAGUGGGCCGAGUACGGGCUGACUUUCACAGAGAAGUGGACCACGGAGAACACGCUUGGAACGGAAAUCUGCAUUGAGGAUAAGGUCACCAAGGGACUAAAACUAAAUUUUGACACCACAUUCUCACCAAAUACUGGCAAAAAAAGCGGCAAAAUCAAGACUGCGUACAAGCGCGAGUACCUCCACGGCGGAGUGGACGUGGAUUUGGAUUUCGCCGGCCCCACCAUCCACGGAGCGGUGGUGGCCGGCUACGAGGGAUGGCUCGCGGGAUACCAGAUGAGCUUCGACACGGCCAAGUCCAGGAUGCUCCAGAGCAACUUCGCCGUCGGCUACAAGACGGGAGACUUCCAGCUGCACACCAACGUAAACAACGGCUCUGAGUUCGGGGGGUCCAUUUACCAGAAGGUUAACGACCAGCUGGAGACGGCCGUCAAUCUCGCGUGGGCGGCGGGCAGCAACGGCACUCGCUUUGGAAUCGCUGCGAAAUACCAGCUGGACUCCAGUGCGUCCAUAUCAGCCAAGGUGAACAACGCCAGCUUGGUAGGGAUCGGAUACAGUCAGACUCUUAGGCCUGGUAUGAAACUCAUUCUGUCCGCGCUGGUGGACGGGAAGAAUAUCAACGCCGGCGGUCACAAACUCGGCCUGGGACUGGAGCUGGAGGCAUGAGGGUGACCAUUCCCAUUUUGACGAAGAUAGUGGAGCGUGGAUCCCUUGUGUCGGAUUCCUUCAAGUAUUUGAACAUCAUGAUCACCAGCUAGCGUCCUCUCACUGUAACUCCCAUCAUGCAUCAGUCUGACACAACCCCUGCACUUUUUUUGUCGAUGUGGAAACUUCCUCAGCGUGACAAUCCAGGUUGCACAAACCUUCUGUGGCGUGUCGCUUUAAGUGGGUGUAGAAUGUAUAACUCAGCUGUUAUUUUGCACACUAGCCUUUUACCUUUUUAUCAACUAAAGCGCUUCCUUUUGUUUCACUCGCUCAUCCUGUUUAUCUCGCUUCACCGACUUUUAGUUUGCAAGACUCUAGAAUGGGUUCUUUUACUUCCCCUUGAUGUGUUGGUGAAUUAAUAACCCAGUUUAUUGUCCAUUCUUUAUGACACUAAUCAGGCGUGUAAAGCUUUGCAAUAAAGGUUUGACUUUAAACUUUAUAA